ACACUUAUAAUACAGAAAAUUUUUUCUUAUUAAAGCAAUUGUUUUAGACUUCAAUAUACGGAACAUAAAAAAAGAAAAAAAAUUGAAAAUUGCAGAUAGAGAAAAAUAAUAUCUUUAAAAUGGAUUAUAACCCUAUGCCAACUAUAUUGCCCGCUGAAAAUUUCGAUAUUGAGGCGGAUGCUGCAGCUUUGCGUGCAGCCAUGAAAGGAUUUGGCACUGAUGAGAAAGCUAUAAUUGAUAUGUUAACAGCGCGUUCCAAUGCCCAGCGUCAAAAAAUUAAGGAGCAUUUCUUGCGUGAAUAUGGGCGCGAUUUAAUCGAUGAUUUAAAAAGUGAAUUAGAAGGGAGAUUUGAAGGUGUUAUUGUUGGUUUAAUGCUACGUCCAGUCGAGUAUCUUUGCAAGCAACUGCACAAAGCGAUGGAAGGUGCUGGCACAAACGAAAGCACUUUGGUUGAGAUUCUCUGCACUAAGUCUAAUGAUGAAAUGGCUGAUAUAGUCAGUUGUUAUGAAAAUAUGUACGAUCGUCCAUUAGUUGAACAUAUCUGCAGUGAAACUUCGGGUCAUUUCCGACGUCUUUUAACAUUAAUUGUGACAGGGGUGAGAGAUCCAGCUGGUACUGUCGAUGCUGAAAAAGCUAAAGAACUAGCACAAGCUCUAUACAAUGCUGGCGAAGCCAAGCUAGGCACUGACGAAGAAGUAUUCAAUCGCAUUUUAGCUCAUAGCAGCUUCGCCCAGUUACGUUUGAUAUUUGAGGAGUAUAAGCAAUUAUCUGGCCAAACUAUAGAGCAGGCCAUUAAGCAUGAAAUGAGUGGAAAAUUGCAUGAUGCUAUGAUGGCUAUAGUGGAAUGUGUCCAAUCUCCACCAACCUUUUUCGCUAUACGUCUUUUUAAAGCCAUGGAUGGCAUUGGCACUGAUGACACUACUUUAAUAAGAAUUAUAGUUUCACGUUCCGAAAUAGAUUUGGGUAAUAUUAAACAAGAAUUUGAACGACUCUACAAUCGCACCCUUUACAGUGCCGUUAAGUCUGAAACUUCUGGCGAUUAUAAGCGCGCCUUAUGUGCUUUACUUGGUGGCUGUUAGAAUUAUUUAUUCGUUUUUAUUCGUAUUUUCUUCAUAUCCUUAAAUAUUUCUUCAUUUGUUAAAAACAAAACUACACAGAAUAGCAGGCAAGAUAUUUUUGUAUUAAACAUAGUUCGAAAUUGUUUAAGUACACUUACGCGGAUCGGUUUGUAUGAGAAGUUAAUCCAUCAUUCAAACCUGGCAAAAGGCAAUAUCAUAAAUUACAUCAGUAAACAUCUCUUGUAGUAAAACUUUAUGACUACAAUAUGAUUACAAUUUAAUUUAGCAAAAUUUGUUUGUUAUCACAUGUUUUACAUUAAAAAUAUAACAUUUAUGGAACGUACGCAUGUUUUUUGCUGAAGGCGUCUUAGAAUAAACUAUAAAAAAAAAAAAAAAAAUUAUGCGCCUCUUGAUUAAUUAUGUCCACCAGGGGGGAUACAUGAACUAUCGUGCGGUCAUCAGAUCAUUUAAUAGCAAGAGUGAACUAAACUUUGCAAUUCAACUGAGCA